AUGCAAGCAGUAUCCAACGCAGUGCAGAGCGCAAUGGGGGAGUUUCCAACCGUCGCUCACCCAGAGUACAGGGCUCGCCAGGAGGGGGGCACAAUGAAGGCCCUGGCGUGGUUUGGGCCUAAGGAUGUGCGCCUCGUCGAGGCACCCAUUCCAGAUAUCACCGAAGACGACGAUGUGAUACUCAAAGUCACCGGGACCACUAUCUGUGGUUCAGACCUGCAUCUCUACCAUGGCGAAAUCGUGAAUCUUCAGAAGGGCGACAUCUUGGGUCACGAGUUCAUGGGCAUCGUGGACCGCAUCGGUCCUAACGUCAAAAACUUACAAGUCGGGCAGCGCGUAGUUGCCUCCUUCCAGAUCGCAUGCGGUGAAUGUGAGUACUGCAAGCAGAAGCUCUCGUCCUUCUGCGAUCGCACAAACCCAUCCUCACUUCAGAACGCCAUGUAUGGUCACCGGGAUGCCGGUUUCUUCGGCUACUCCCACUUUACUGGUGGUUUCCCCGGUGGUCAGGCAGAAUAUGUUCGCGUGCCUAAGGGCAACGUCAAUUUGCUCCCGAUACCUGAUGGAGUGUCAGACGAGAAAGCGCUCUACCUCUCGGAUGUUUUGGCGACUUCAUACCACACUGUCAUGGACACUGGUGUUAACGAGGGAGACAUCGUUGGUGUCUGGGGCCUUGGUCCCAUUGGAAUGUGCGUCGCCAAGUGGGCGCUGCUCAAGGGUGCGAAACGCGUCAUUGGCGUAGACAGAGUUCCGGAAAGACUGGCGUUCGCUCGUGAGAAGCUCGGUAUCGAGACUCUCGAUUUCUCGCAACACAGCGAUGUCGUUAAGCGUCUGCAGGAGGUUGCUCCGGGCGGCCUUAACGUAGCCAUAGACUGCGGCACCUUCCACCAACCGAAAACAACCUUACACAAGAUUGAGAAGGCCUUGAUGCUCGAGACCGACGUGUCCGAAAUUGUCAACGAGAUGAUCAUGGCAGUCAAGAAGGGCGGUCGCUGCGGCAUCAUUGCUGCAUACGCCGGGUACACCAACCAUUUCAACAUCGGUGCACUGAUGGAGAAGGGUGUCCGCCUCAUUGGAAACGGACAGGCUCCUGUUCACAAAUGGUGGAAGGAGAUCCUGUACGACUACAUCAUUCCUGGCAAGUUCGACCCCACAUUUAUGAUCACGCACCGUGUGCCCGUCGAAGACUUCCCGAAGCUGUACGAGGCGUUCGACAAGCGCGAGGGCGGUGUCGAGAAGGUCUUUGUCGAGACGAAGUUCUCCAACCCUCCGUCCCCCGGGUGCCCAACUACUACUCGAGUAAGCGAGUGGGCGUCGGUUUGA